UGGGCUGUAUCGUUGUUGAUGUAUGAGGAUGCCAGAGUGGAAAGGAAAAUGACUGUACUGUAAAUGUGCGUGUCUGUCGAGGAAACCGUUCCUCUUUUGUCAGAGCCCAUGGACGACGCCCAGGAACUACACAGGAACCAAUAAACUCGACAGGAGAGGCUUUGUACCCUCGGUUCAUCCCCGUGGACCGUUCACCUAUGAUGGAACGGGCGAUGGAGCAGCUCAACGUACAGCUCAACCGGCUGACCCGCUCCCUUCGCCGGGCACGGACUGUGGAACUCCCGGAAGACAAUGAGACUGCAGUGUACACACUAAUGCCAAUGGUCAUGGCCGACCAGCACAGGUCAGUGUCGGAGCUCCUGCUCAACUCCAAGUUUGACGUCAACUACGCUUUUGGACGGGUCAAGAGAAGUCUUCUACACAUCGCUGCCAACUGUGGGUCCGUGGAGUGUCUAGUUCUGCUGCUGAAGAGAGGAGCCAACCCAAACUACCAGGAUAUCUCAGGCUGCACCCCCCUGCACCUCGCUGCCAGGAACGGACAGAAGAAGUGCAUGGGCAAACUGCUGGAAUAUAACGCCGACGUCAACAUCUGCAACAAUGAGGGACUAACCGCUAUCCACUGGUUAGCUGUGAACGGCCGUACGGAGCUCCUCCAUGACCUGGUCCAACACGUGUCCAACGUGGAUGUGGAGGACGCCAUGGGACAGACAGCUCUACAUGUCGCCUGUCAGAACGGACACAAAACCACGGUGUUGUGUCUUCUGGACAGUGGAGCUGACAUCAACCGGCCAAACGUCUCAGGGGCCACGCCUCUUUACUUCGCCUGCAGCCACGGCCAAAGGGACACCGCUCAGAUCCUGCUUUCUCGAGGUGCCAAAUACCUUGCUGACAAGAACGGAGUCACUCCUCUGGAUCUCUGCGUUCAAGGUGGAUACGGGGAAACCUGUGAGAUCCUGAUCCAGCACCACAACAGACUGUUCCAGACCCUCAUCCAGAUGACACAGAACGAUGAUAUUAAAGAGAAUAUGCUCAGACAGGUGCUGGAGCAUGUUUCUCAACAGAGCGACAACCAUUACCAAAGGAUCCUGACCAGUCUCGCUGAAGUAGCUACGACCAACGGACACAAGCUCCUCAGCCUCUCCAGUAGUUAUGAAGCUCAGAUGAAAAGUCUGCUGAGGAUCGUUCGCAUUUUCUGCCACGUGUUCCGUCUGGGGCCAUCAUCCCCUAACAACGGCAACGACAUGGGCUAUAAUGGCAACAAGACACCUCGCAGCCAGGUCUUCAAGAUGCGUGUGAGACACAUGGAGGUGCAAAAUGAUGAGUGUUCCUCCGCAGGCUUCGCUGCCUUAGAUCCGUUGGAGCUGCUCUGGCACUCUCUGGACGAGUGGCUGGUGCUCAUCUCUACAGAACUCGACAGGAACAGGAAGAACCCGUCCUCCUCGUCCUCCAGCAGCGAGAUAGCCUCCUUGCUCCUCAAACAGCGGGAGGUCGACCACUCCGGCUCCACACCAAAGCUCCCCUCCAAGCUAGACCCUCAGAUCGUCAUAGAAACGGAGGCGUACGUCGACGGGGAGGACGUCAUUUCCAUGACGGCCAACAGGCUCAGCGCUGUGAUCCAGGCGUUCUACAUGUGCUGCUCCUGUCAGAUGCCCCAAGGAAUGACAUCCCCUCGCUUCAUUGAGUUUGUCUGCAAGCAUGACGAGGUGCUGAAGUGUUUUGUAACCAGGAAUCCAAAGAUUAUUUUUAAUCACUUUCACUUCCUGCUGGAGUGUCCGGAGCUCAUGUCACGCUUCAUGCACAUCAUCAAAGGCCAGCCUUUCAAGGAUCGGUGUGAGUGGUUCUAUGAGCAUCUGCUGGCCGGCCAACCGGACUCAGACAUGGUUCACCGCCCGGUCAACGAGAACGACAUCCUGCUCAUCCACCGAGAUUCCAUAUUUAGGAGUAGCUGUGAGAUGGUUUCCAAGUCCACUAAUGAGAAGCUCAAACAGGGCAUCGCUGUUCGUUUCCACGGCGAGGAGGGCAUGGGCCAGGGCGUGGUUCGGGAGUGGUUUGACAUCCUGUCCAAUGAGAUCAUCAACCCAGACUACGCUCUGUUCACUCAGUCAGCUGACGGGACCACGUUCCAGCCCAACAGUAACUCCUCGGUGAACCCGGACCACCUGAACUACUUCCGGUUCGCGGGUCAGAUCCUGGGUCUGGCUCUGUACCACCGACAGCUGGUCAACAUCUACUUCACACGUUCCUUCUACAAACACAUACUAGGUAUCCCAGUGAACUACCAGGAUGUGUCGUCCAUUGACCCAGAGUACGCCAAGAACCUGCAGUGGAUCCUGGACAAUGACAUCAGUGACCUGGGUCUGGAGUUAACCUUUUCUGUGGAGACCGAUGUGUUUGGAGCGAUGGAGGAAGUACCGCUGAAACCCGGAGGGACCAGCAUCCUGGUCACCCAGGACAACAAGGCCGAGUACGUCCAGCUGGUGACGGAGCUGAGGAUGACGCGAGCCAUCCAGCCGCAGAUAAACGCCUUCCUGCAAGGAUUCCACACCUUCAUCCCCCCCUCGCUCAUUCAGCUUUUCGACGAGUAUGAAUUGGAGCUCCUGUUGUCAGGGAUGCCGGAGAUCGAUGUGCAGGACUGGUGCAGGAACACUGAGUACACCAGUGGCUACGACCCUCAGGAGCCAGUCAUCCAGUGGUUCUGGGAGGUGGUGCAGAGUCUGACCCAGGAGGAGCGGGUUCUUCUGCUUCAGUUUGUCACUGGAAGCUCCAGGGUUCCUCACGGCGGCUUUGCCUUCCUGAUGGGGGGUAGCGGUUUACAGAAGUUCACCAUUGCUGCAGUGCCAUACACCUCCAACCUACUGCCUACCUCCAGUACAUGUAUCAACAUGCUGAAACUCCCCGAAUACCCGAGCCAGGAGGUCCUGAGAGACCGGCUGCUGGUAGCGCUGCAUUGUGGGAGCUACGGGUACACCAUGGCGUAAAAAAACAUCGCAUCGGUUCAUGCUGAAGAGACUCUUUUUGUAGUACGGCGCUGCUUUUGCUGGACAAAAAGGGAAAUGAUCUGCUGGAGACGCACAGUGACUCUAUUUUUAUACGCAGCAGGUAUCUGGUCAUUUAUACCGACGUUAACUCCAAAUCCGACUAUUUUCAUGCUUAAAUGUAUUUGAG